GAGUUAAACUUAAAUGACAGCCGCAAUCACGCAUACGCAAACAGCCCGCAGAUUGUCAUAGUUUAACAGUAAUAAAUAAACAAAUCCGAUAAUGUCGCUAAAUACGGCGCAUUUGAAUGGCGGAGUAUUAAUACAUUCUGGAGAAUGUAUACUUCUCUUUUGCGACAAUGUUACCAUGGAAUGGUCCGGACAGGAGACACCUAUGUUUAAAGGUACCAAACGCGGUCGUAUUUAUCUGACGACGCAUCGAAUGAUUUUCAAUGCGAAGGAUGCGAAAGAGCCAAUGCAAUCGUUUAGUUUUCCGUUUGUUACUUUAAGUGACGUGGAACUUGAGCAACCAGUUUUCGGUGCUAAUUACAUAAAGGGUAAAGUUCGAGCUCAACCCAAUGGGAAUUGGAUCGGCGAGGCUAAGUUUAAAUUGCUGUUCAAGCAUGGAGGCGCUAUCGAUUUCGGUCAGGCGAUGCUCAAGGCGGCCCAUUUCGCUACUCGCAAUACAAAUAUGGCCGAUGCACCUCCUCCAUACGUUCCACCCGAAACUCAAUGGUAUGCGGCUCCACCACCGGCCUACCAACCUUCGCCGACCGGUUACUCCGGAUGGGUUCCACCAACUCACGCGUUCCCAAAUCAACCUCCUGCUGAUACCGUGUUUAUGACCGAUGCUCCUCCACCAUAUCCCGGUAUUAAUAGCGCUUAUCUUCCACCACCCGGUUACGAGGCGGCAGGAUUUGCUCCCCAAGGUUUUCCUCAAGCUCAAGGUCAUCCUCAUCAAGGCUUCACUGCGUCUGGUUAUCCUCAGCAGGGAUAUCCCCCUCAACAAGGGUACCCUCCUCAGCAAGGAUACCCUCCUCAGCAAGGAUACCCUCCUCAACAGGGCUAUCCACCACAACCUGGACCUCAUCAGGGAUAUCCUCCACAAAACGGUUUCCAACAUGGACCUGGAGCGAUGGGAUUCCAACACAUGAGUCCGGCAGAUGCCAAAGCUGCCGAAGCUGCUCAGUCUGCCUACUACGAUCCGAACAAGCCGCAAAUGGCUUAUGUACCACCGCCUUCUUAUUACGAAAAUCCACCAACUUAUAACCAAGCUACAACUAAGAAGGACCAGUAGAUGCACUUCAGUUUGUUAUUGAUUGUUGCCUUUAUUAAUGAAAGUAUAUCUAGUUUCGUGAUUGUGUAAAAUGUUUAAAUAUUGUUAUCAUUCCUUUUCUGUAAAAAUAUUUUUGUAUUCUGUGUAAAUAUGUCUUGUACGUUGGAACAUACUGUAUAUGCACAGGAAUUACUAGGGUGUAUCUUGCAAAUUGCAUCCUCACAUGAGAUUAUUUAAUCCAAGUAUUUAUGUCAAAUUUAACGCAUUCGCUAACAUUUUAUGUAUAGAUGAAUAAAACUACUACUCUAUUU